GCUAUCUUUGCGAAGAGCAACUAGGCAGAAAAAUCGCGGAUGACCAAGGGGCUCAACGACAGCGCGGCGACGGGCAGCUCCAAGCGCUUCCGCUUCCAGAAGGUCAAGGAGCGCGUCGUCGGUUUGCAGCAUGAGCUGCAGCUGCACGCCAAGACACAGACGCACUCGGCCUACGUGCUGCAGGCCAAUGCGUCGACCGCGCCGUUCCACGAAGAGCUCGUGCUCCUCGGCGAGCUCUACACCAACGAGCGCUUCCAGACUGUCUUUCGCCAGGUGCGCCGUAUCACCAACUCGACGCCGCAGCUGUUGCACCACCUCAAGACCGUGGUCACAACGCUCGAGACGCAGCUUGUCGAGUUUCCGGAGGACCCGGAUGUCAUGACGCCCGUGCUCAAGCUGCUCGUGGCGCUCGCCAAGGACCUCGGCAAGGAGUUUUACCCGUACUUUCCGGCGCUCUUUCCGUCGAUUUUGGCCAUCAUUACGACCGUCAACCCGGAGCUGACGACCGAAGUCUUCAAGACACUCGCGAUGCUCUUCAAGUACCUGCAGCCCCAGCUCCUCGCCGACAUGCAAUCCGUGCACAAGUACUACGGCCUCCUCCUCGGCCACUCGAAGGACUACGUGCGCGAGUUUGCGGCCAGCGUCUUUUGCGUGCUCUUGCGCAAGGUCAAGGCGGGCAAGGACUUUAGCGACUACAUUCACAGCUUCUUUGUCGCGCUUGUCCGCGGCGACUCGGACGACAUGACGCACGUGCUCGACGGCGCCGCGCGGCUCUUCUUUGCGAUCAUGAAGAACGUCCAGGAGCAGUUCCACUCGCGCAUGCCCGAGCUCCUGCGUCUCCUCUUGACGUCGUUUGCACCGUCUGAGACGUUUACCGACGAGCAGCUCGCGACGAUCUUUGACGUCGUCCGCCGCACGAACGACCUGAUGCGCAAGCACACUAGUGUGAGCCACACCGAAGUGAUCUGGACGACGCUGCACAACGCGACGCAGCAUGCGAUCCGCGCGCACAAGGAGGGCCCGUCGGCGGCCUCGGCGCUGUAUCUGAGCCGACAGGCAGACCUCGUGGCGCUCUGGGUGGCGUACAAGCACGGCGACCUUGUCGGCCUCGGCCACAAAAAGGUCUUGUACCAAACAGCGUCGAGCCUCGUGGAAACGUCGACGUACACGACCGAGAUGGCGCCGGAGCUGCACGCGUCGACGCUCAACCUCCUCAACACCUGCGUCUGGUCGCUCCACGAGCGCUUCUAUCCGCUCCUCAAGUCGGUCUACAGCGUGCACCCGUCGUCAGGGACGCUCCUGCGCCACCUGCGCGAGUUUACACACAAGAUGCUGCAGGCGAUGCCGGUCACGGCCGUCGUCGAGUACCUCGCGCCGCACGUGACGACCUUUGCGUUUGGGCUGAUCGACUCGUCGCUGAACGAGCACCUCCUUUUCCUCAGCGACGUGCUCUCGUUCUUGGUGCGCAACGCCGGCGAGAUCCCGUCCGGCCGCAUGGUGGUCAUCCGCGGCGACGUCGUCACGGUCGACCUGACCAAGCUGCGCUUCGUGCCAGCUGACGCCACGCCCCGCUUUCUCCAAAUGGCCAGCGCGCUCUUUGAGACCACGUGGAGCGUCGACGACCACGACGCGUUUGUCGCGCAUGCGUCGCGGCUGCGCAUGGCGCUCGAGUGCCUUCGCCAGCUCGUUGUGCCCGAGAACGAGGCUGCAGUGAUGACCGAGCGCCUCCGCGUGUCGCUAGCCGCCGCACUCGCGCGUGGCGCCUGCUCGCACACGGCGCGUGUCGUGCUCACGCUGCUGCACGCCAAGUGCCUCCGCGUGCAGGCCAAUUUGGAGAGCGUCGCGCCAACGUCGGCGCAGCUGGAAACGUACUUGGAUACGUACGCAGCGUCGCCCUUUACGCUCCAGGCGCUGCGCGCGCUGCUCAAGACGAUGGAUUUGUCGCAACUGCCCGCGCUCUCGUUCCAUGCGCUCUUUGCCAAGCUGCAGCACAACCUCCGGUCGCCGAUUCAGGCGCUGCGCCGCGAAACCAUCGAGCUCUUUGGCUUGCACCCGGCGCUGCACUACGAGAACACGAGUGAGAACUCGCUCCAGGGCGAGUGCGAAGCCGUCUCGCUCUGCCUCCAGCUCGAAGUCGUCUGCUCCAAGCCGACGGUCGAGACGGAGCGCGACAUCAUUCGCAUGCUCGAGCGGCUCAAGGUCAUUGCGCGCGCGCCGCAGACGCCGCAGAUCUACGUCAAGCUCAUCACGGCGCACAUGCUCGGGCUCAACCACGUCAAGUUCUCGACCAUCUGGCCGCACGUCGCGAUCGUCAUCCAAGCCUGCGUGCCAUUGCAUUUCGAUGCUGUUUGGUCGACGCUCUGUGCCGAGCUCUUUUACAUCUCGUCGCGCACGUCGAGCCAGAGCGUCGCAAGUAUCGAGAGCGACGACGAGGCGCACUCGCUGCGCGAAGACCUCGCCGAUGACGUGUCGGUCGAAGAAGGCGUCAACCAAGCCGUGACGGACAUUCCGACGCAGCACGGGCUUGUGUGGAAGACACUCGAAGGCUUUCCGAACUUGGUCGAGCAAAAGUCCAAGGUGGUCGUCCCGAUCUUCUGCGCCUUCUUGCGCGACCAGUACUACGCGAUCUACAAGGACGACGCCGAGCACGUGACGCCGGCCGCGCUCACGGAGCUGAUCACGUCGGCGGCGGCGUCGCGCGCGUCCAACCCCAAGUACGCCAGCGACGACAGCCUUCUGACGGCGUCGCUCUCGUCGCUUUCGUCGCCGAUCGUGCACGCGCAGCUGACGACCAAGGGCGUGCGCGAGAAGCUCAUUAGCUUUCUCCAUCUCUUCAAGCGCUUCACCAACUUUAGCGGCGUGUACGGCUCGUCGCUGCUCUGGGAGUUCUUUUACGCGCUGCUCAUCAAGUCGGACGACCACGUCUCGGCGCUGUCGCUCGAGUGCAUUUACGCCUACAAGCCGGCGUACUUGAUGCCGUACAAGACGCAGCUGUCGCAGCUCACCAACAGCACGACGUUCCGCGAGGCGCUGACGAAUUUCAGCGUCGACAAGGCGUCCGGCGUCGUCCUCGCCGAGCACCGCGGGCCGUUCUUCCCGGUGCUUUUGCGCUUGCUCUACGCCAAGUUUGUCUCGCGCAAGGGCUCUCGGAGCUCAAAAGACUCGCUCGCGACGCGCCGCACGACCGUGCUCUCGUUCUUGGUCGCGCUGGAAACCGAAGAACUCGCGUACUUUCUUGGGCUCAUUUUGCGCGCGUUCCGGGUGCCUGUGACGUUGGAUGUCGUACCGUUUGAAGAUCGCGUGCGCGAUGUGCUGGCGGUGAUGCCGGACGUCUCGGCGUCCAAGCAAGUGGGCUUUCUCAAGCUGCUCGAAGACGUGAUUGCGCACCUCGGUAUGAAGGUCACAGCGUUCUUGCCGCAGAUCCUCUCGGUGCUGACGGCGAUCCUCUCGGCGGGCGACCUCGGGCAGAUCGCCAAGGCGUCGACGAUCGCGAAGGAAGUCGACGAGGACGACGAGGACGUCGAGAUGACGGACAAGCCGACCGAAGACGACGACGAAGCGCCGACGACCAACGAAGGCCUCAAGCGCCAGACGCGCAUGCUUGUCUUCCGCCGUCUCGGCGAGGUCGUCGAGCAGUUUGACGGCGUGUACGACCUCAACGACUGCUUCACAUCGCUCUUCUCGCUCUGCGACUCGUCGAUCGCGCACUUGCCGGCGGCGAUGCGCGGAGCGAAGAAGCCGUCCGCGCUCCUCGAGUGGCUCACGUCGAUUGCGCAGAGCUCGUACACGGUGCGCGCGCUCCCGACCGACCUCGUCCGCACGGUCAUUUCGUGUCUCUCGACCGGACUCGAUAGCGACGACGUGACCGCGUACGACAUGGGCGUCAGCGCCGAUACGCUCGAGACGCUGCUCAAGUUCCUCGGCGGCCUCCUCAGCGCGGACGAGGCGUCGGACGCACCGCAUCAAAUGCUCUUGCCGCACUUGACGCUCGUGCUGCAGCAGUUUGUGGUUCGGUUCCAGUCCAAGACGGCCAAGUUUAUGCAGGAAAAGCACACGGGCUCGUCCAAGCGUGAGCUGACGUUUCUGUGCCGCCUCGCGCCGCACGUGCAGUCGAAUGUCCAGCCGGACGCGGCCGAUCAGCUCAUCACGCUCCUCUUGCCGUUCCUCACGCGCAGCUACCGCACGUCGUAUGCGGACAAGGAGAACAUUUGCGACGUCGUCUCGGGCCUCGUGCCGUGCGUCACGGACCCGCGCAAGCACGUGAGCUUCCUCUCCAAGCUCAUUGCGCCCGGCCCCAACUGCAUCCACGAGCGCGGCCCGCGGCUCAAGCUCAUGGACGUCUUUGCCGCUAUCGAAGCGCACCCGGCCGCGGCAGAGCUCCAGGCCAUGUGCGGGUACCUCGUUGGUCUCAACGCGAUGGACCCGAAGCGGCUCGAGGACGUCGACUUUGAGCGCCGGCUCAGCGUCUUCCAGGUGAUCAACUCGGACCAGUUUGCAUCGCUCGCGAAGGAGAUGACGACGCUCCAGCCCAUCAUUAGCCAGUACCUCUACAGCAUGCACGACGACGAGUACUCGCUGCGCAACGCGGCGCGUGCCGGCCUCGAAGGCUUCACAAAGCUCGCGGCGUCGGAGAAGGACGUGCCGAACUCGACGCCGUUCCACGUCUUUGAGAACGUCGUCAUGCCGUGCGUGCGCUACAGCCUCAAGGGUCAAAUCGAGGAGCCCCGCCGCGGCUUCAUCCAGCUGCUCUCGACGGUCGCAGACGCCUUCGAAGGCCACGAGAACCCGUCGCUGCACGGCGACCUCGCGCUCCUCCGCAACAAGGAAGACCCGGAAGUCGACUUCUUCUACAACAUGACGCAUAUCCAGUCGCACCGCCGGUCGCGCGCGAUCCAGCGGCUGCGGUCGAGCUUUGCGAACGAGAAGCUGCCGCUGAGCAACACGACCGUCCUCAACGUGAUCGUGCCGCUGCUCACACACGUCAUUUACGAGAACAGCAACAAGUCGCACGAGGCAAUGGCCACCGACGCCGCGCAGUGCCUCGGGUCGGCCGCGUCGCUUCUCUCGUGGUCGCACUACUACGGCCUCAUCCGGAACCUCCUCAAGCAGAUUCCGGGUCGACCCGAGUGCGAGACCACGAUCGUUGCGGCGGUCUGCGCGAUCAUUGACCACUUCCACUUUGAAGGCUCGGUCGUCUGCGAGGGCUGGGACAAGGUCGCGGCGGCCGCCAAGAGCGAGGACGACGACGAACUGCCGCCGACGCACAUUCAGCAAGUGAUGCGCGACUCGCUCGUUCCGAUGCUCAAGAGCCACCUCACCAAGGGCGAGCGCAAGAAGGGCAAGUCCAAGACCAACGACAAGACGACGGACGGCCAGUCGACUGCGACCGGCGACUACGUGCUGCGUGUCCCAGUCGCGCUGGCGAUCGUCAAGGUGCUGCGCCGCCUCCCGCCGCGGGCGUUCCACGCAGAGCUGCCCAAGCUGCUCAUCCAAGUAACCAAGCUCCAGCGCUCGAAGGACGACAGCGUCCGGUCGUCGUCGCGCCAGACGCUUGUCAAGAUUGCGCUCGAACUCGGUCCGUCGUAUCUGCUGCCGAUCGUCUCGGAGCUCGAGCAGUCGCUUUCGAUGGGCUACAUGGUCCACGUGCUCUCGUACACGUUGUUUGCGAUCCUCGAGAAGGUCGCCGAGUCGUGCUAUCAGGAGACGCCGGCGCCGCUGACGUCGUCGGGCUUGGCCGUCGCGUCGACGCCAAUCUUGUCGCCGCUCGACGAGUGCAUUCCCAAGAUCCUCAACAUCCUUGUGCGGAACCUCUUUGGCGACGUGAGCGAGCACCGCGCCGACAAGGCCGAGCACAAGACCAAGUCCAAGAUGAAGGAGGCGCGGUCGUGCCGCAGCUACGACUCGUUCGAGCUCGUUGCGCGCUGCAUCAACUUUUUGCCCAACCCGACGAUCCACGUGCUUCUCUUGCCCAUCGUGCAGACGCUCGAGAGCAACCGCAUGAACGGCAAGGCGCUGCUGAACGUCCGCAACGUGCUCCAGCGCAUCGCGCUCGGCCUCGCCAAGAACAAGAGCGUCGAGCAGUCGCACAUGUACUUGUACAUCUUCAACAUGCUCACCAUGUGCUUUGACCGCAUCAAGUACCUCCAGCCGGGCGCCAACGACAACAAGAGUGUCGACGAAGCCGGCGUCUCGUCCUGGCUCGUCUGCGACUGGGUCGGCGACGAGAAGAAGAAGGCCAAGCUCACCAAGCGCGUCCAGGCGUGGGAGACCUUCAAGAUUGAAGCGCAAGCGCGCAUGACCGGCUACGAUCGGUACGCAGUCACCAAGACCGAGAUGAAGAACUCGGGCGCAGACGAGAUUAUGAACUUCACCGUCUCGCUCUUCUACACGAUGCUCCGGAAGGAAGAACGCACGGGGCUCUCGUUUGCGCUCUUGGACCCGUUCGUGCCCUUCCUGCUCCGGUGCCUCGCCGAGAUCAAGCACGACGAGUCGGUCGUGAAUGCGCUCAAGUGUGUCUCGGUGCUGCUCAACCACCCGGUGCCGUCGCUCAUUGCGCAGCUCUCGACGGUCGUCGACCGCAUCUUCAAGAUCAUCCAGCGCGCGGGCGCCGCGACCAAGAACGAGAUGACGCAGACGUGCUACCGCGCACUCGCGGUUUUGAUCCGCGAGCGCCACGAGUAUGUCAUGUCCGAGUCGCAGCUGCGUGUGCUCCUGAGCUUUUUGCGCCAAGACCUCGACGAGAUGGACCACCAGAACGCGACGUUUGCGCUGCUCAAGGCGCUCCUCGCGCGCCGCCUCGUGAUCCCCGAAGUGUACGACCUCAUGCUCCGCGUCGGCGAGAUGAUGGUGCAGAGCCAAGUGCUCAACGUGCGCACCAACUGCGCGGCAAUGUACCUCACGUUUCUCCUCGACUACCCGCUCGGCGACAAGCGGCUCAACUUCCACGUGCGCUUCAUUGUCAACAACCUCACGUUUGUGUACGAGUCGGGCCGCAUCUCGACGCUCGAGUGCCUCAACGCGCUCGUGAAGAAGCUGCCGUCCGACCUCCUCGAUGCGCGCGCGCAGUUUUUCCUGCUGCCGCUUGUGCUGCGGCUCGUAAACGACGAAGCCCAAGUGUGCCGGUCGCUCGCGGCCGACGUCAUCUCGCACCUCUUCCAGCGGGUGAGCGCCAAGACGUUUGGCGCGUGCCUCGCGACCAUGGAGCCGUGGUGGAGUGCGUCGGACGCCAAGCUCCAGUGUGCGGCCGCGCACGUGAGCAGCCUCGUGGUCGUCGCGCGGCCCGACCUUGCCAAGAAGACGCUGGUGGCGCCGCUCCUGUCGCAGAUCGCGUCCUUGCUCACGAACGCGACCGCGCACAUGGGCGAACUUGACGAAGAUGAGAUCCAGGAGCUCACGUGGGAGCCGGUGUACUUGACGUUGCUCUGCCUCGAGAAGGUCCUUCGGUCGCUCUCGCCGUCGCUCGAGGCCUGGCUGUUUGAGAACGCGUCGUGCCUCGACACGGUGGUUGCGCUCAUGGCGUAUCCGCACGCGUGGGUGCGUCUGGCGGCGACGCGCUUUCUGAGUGCAUAUGCGGCCAAGCGGUCGGCGUCGACGCUCACGUUUGUCGCCGAGUCGGACAAGGACGGCGGCGCGUACUUGAAGACGCCCGGGAAGCUCUUCCAGCUGGCACACAUGGCGUGCAAGCAGCUCGAGAGUGACCACCUCGCGGCGGACCUUGCCUCGGAAGUCGUGACGCUGCUGCUAUUUAUUCUGCGCGCGCUUCGGAGCUUCCCCGAGAUUGGCCAAACGGUCGUUGCGACCAAGGAAGAGGAGACGACGACGCACAGCGAGGACGACGAGGACGACGAAGAGGCCAAGCCGACGACGACGCCCGUGGCGUGGCUCUUUACCCGUCUCUCGUUCUUGGCCCGCGGGUUUGACAUUGCGCUGCGCAAGACGAGCGUAUACAAUUUCUUCGCGGGCGUCGCCGUCCAGGAAGAUGCAGCGUUCUUGGAGACGGUGCUUUUGCAGAUGCUCAACCCGCUCUACCGCGACACGUCGGCGGACGACGUCGAGUCGGACUCGGCUGAGACCAAGAACGUCAAGAACGUGGCGCGCGAAGUGCUCCAGCUGCUCGAGUCCAAGGUCGAGUCGCAGCCGUUCCUGACGACGUACACGCACGUGCAGAAGAAGGUGACCGAGUUCCGCGACCGGCGCAAGCUCAAGCGCAAGAUCGAAGUGGUCGCUGACCCCGAAGUCGCGGCCAAGCGCAAGUUGGCCAAGAACCUCCAAAAGCAAAACUCCAAGCAGCUCAAGAAGCGCAAGAUCGGCGAGCUCAAGGGCUCGCAGAACAAGGCGCAAAAGGUGGCCGCCGCCCAGGAGCGCCGCAAGAAGGCCCGGCCCGGCCAUUCUUAAACCAUAGAUUAAUUCCAUAUUUGCAUUUGCGAUGUCAUAA